AGCUUCCGAAACAUCUGUUUAAAUCUUGUUGAAUUUAAUUGGCUAAAUUCACAAAUAAGCAGUUUUAGAGUAGCACCACAUCUCACCUGAUCACAGCCUUAUAAAACAAGUUAUGUGACUUAUUUCUAAUUAUUUUAAUCACACUGUACAGCUUGUCAUGGCUAACAGAUGGAUUCAAGCGCAGGCAGCGUUCUGGCAAGCAAAAAAACGUGACAAUUUAUUGACACGACUGAAACCACAGUGAUUUUUUAUAUACAGUGAGUGGGGCAGGGGUCCAGGGUUCCAGGGGAUGGGGGGAGGGAAUCCACGCUCGCUCUUCACUCAGUCAAACUCCGCCACUCCUCUUCUCACGCCCACUCACUUCUCCUCUGCCACUCUCGCUCCAAUUUCCACUUAUGCCGACACACUCAGGGAUCACAGGUAAGGGGAGACUAAACGCAGAGAGCUCGAUUACAUUCAACACGCCAAAUAACACCAAGAGAGUCUUUUUAGAAGGAGAGCUGAGAGCACGAACACGAGAGGUUCAACGUUCCAGCGCCGACUGCUCCGUGCCGCAGCGUUAAAUAGGCAAAGGGAACGCCAGCUGAUCGGCAACAGGUGUUGUAAUCACCGCAGAAUUGUCUUUGUGGAAUCAUAACCAGCUGGGAUGCAUCUCUGUGGAAAAACUCCCCUUUAUGUGGCAACUUUACAGCUAAAAGGAGCACAGCAAUCAGAUCCUGCAGGAACUAGUGGUUUUAUUGCAGGUAUUAGCAUGUGAGCAAACAAUGGAGGGAGCCACUUUAUCCGUCUUUGUUACUAUCCAGAAGAUCUACUACCCUUUACUUUGUGUCAUCGGCAUUCCAGGAAACCUCUUCACAUUCUACAUGAUCUGUUUCCGUAAUUGUGGGAUGUCCAGCACAGCCAUCAUCUACCUCAGUUGUCUAGCUAUUGCUGACAUCUUCUACUUGGUGUGGGUAAUUCUUAUUGACUUAACUCUCACCUUCUGGACCCUGCAGCCCUUCUGGCACUCUUACCCGUGGUGUAGCAUUCUGGGAUUUUUGCAGUAUGGAUCACUCUACAGCUCCUCUUGGAUUGUGGUGGUGUUCACCAUCGAGCGUUACUUGGUCCUCCGCAGCACGGCUGUCAAACAGCAUUUGUCCCAAACUAGGGUCACUAAACUUACCUGCAUAGCUAUUGUGCUGGUAUCCCACCUGGUCUCUGUGCCUCUGGCUUGGAUCAAUAUUGUCACACCUGUGAACCUCACAGUGAAUGGAGAGAACAUCACAUUGCCCAGAUGUCGAUACCGCAAUGAGACCUACACUACUGUUAUAGUGUGGAUAACUACAUUCCUCUCAGGAGGAAUUCCGAUUGUGUUGGUUAUCAUUUUCAAUUACCUCAUUGGGUACCAUUUGUGCAACGCCAGUAAGCUCUUCACUAAAGAGGAGUGUCGCGUCAUGCAGGGUAAAAGCACGAGGGGCAUGUUGAGGAGGACCAUUCUCCUGCUGGGAACCGUUUCUGUGGCUUUUGUUGUGCUUAGCCUUCCUCGUUUUGUCACGUAUUGCAUCUUGAGGACCAAGUACAAUAAUGAGAAUUUUAAUAGAAAUGACUACAGCAUUCCAAUCAACGUUGCCGGAGACAUUGCUAACAUGCUGCAGAACCUGAACUCCACCACAAACUUCCUACUCUACUGCAUGGUCAGUCGCCGCUUCCGGCAAGAGCUGGUCCAGGUACUGACUUGUAAUGAGAAGGCACUUGAACUGGGCUCUGUCCUCACAAAUACUACCAUGAAAGUUUUUUCAGUGGUGGAUCAUAAGGCUUCAUCAUCCAGCAACCCUGUGUCUGUGGUGCUAACCAGUUUAAAACCUACAGAAUAGAAAGAACUAGAUAGAAGGUUCUUCUUUAAACUAGUUUUAACACAAAAGCCAUGAAUCAAGGUACACUUACCUAUUUUAUAGGCUGUAUCCCCGAAAACUCAUCAAAUUCAAUAUUAACCUAAGCCAGAAUGAUGUGUUUGGUUGGUUUACACAGGUAGAACAGUAUCAGCCUAUAUGCAGAUGGUGUAUAUGAAAAACUUGUUUAACAGAAUAUAUUGCAAAAACAGAUACUUGGGACGAAUUCUGAAAAGGUGUCAAAAUGUCAAAUGAAGUGCAAGGACUUGAAAGAAAGAUUAAAAUAGCUAUGUUGGUGUCAUGGCUCUCGCUAUAUACAACAAUAUUAGAUUGCAGCAAAAGCCCAAAUUGGACAGAUGGAUGUCCCACUCUGAAACACCUCAACAAUUUCUUGAUUGCUAUGAAGUUAUACAUAUGUCUCAAAAAGAUGAAUCCAACAGAUAAACAGAUAUUUUGUGAAUUAAUGCCACAGAUAAGCCUCUAUUUCUGAAACAUGUUAUGACUGAGAUUUAAAAAAUUAAUUUUGUAUUCAAUAUGACCCAAAAUGAGUGAUUGAGCCCAUAAACUUAAUCUCUCAAAACGCUUUCCUGCUAAAUCAGAAAGCCAUUUUUCCAUGGACUGGGAGUCCUUUUGCAUUCACAGCUAUUGUCAUCAGGUGGACUUCAGACAGAAGGCAGGUUUAAGGAACUGCAUAUUGUCUGAAUUUUUCCAACCGGGGUCCUACGUCUAUGUUUUUUACUGUCUGUGAUGCCAACAUAUAAAGUACAUCUACUAACAUCGUCACCAACAGUCAAUGGUUAAUAAAGUUACAUUAUUAACCCAGAAGGUUGAUUUUGGGCACUCUUGUUGCUUUAAAAUCAACCUUCUGUACAACUGAAGGGUGUACUACAAAGGAAAUAAACCAGGCUUUCUUUGUAUAAGCUGACUUGACAAAACCUAAAACCCCAGUCAGAGAUGAGAGAUAUCACACUAUAAUUUCUGCAACUUUCUCUGUUGAGGCGGCCUUUCUUUGCUGUGUCAUAUGAUCUUUUUCCAUACAAAAUUAUUCCUAUGAAUUCUGCCUAUCGUUCACAGUAGAGCUCUGAAACUUUAAAACUGGCCUUUACCUUAAUAAAGGCGAUGUGGAAAUUUAGUUUGUUGGCAGAAGUUAAAUCAAUUUUAUUGAUUGACAGGUGCUCUUUGUGUGUGUUCUGCAUUCUAAUAACUGUGCUGUAAAAGAGCAGCAGAUCAGAAUCAAGUAUAUAAACAUUUACACAUUUUCUGCAUCACCAGAUGAAUAUUCCAGCAACAUUGUGACAUUUGUACAGCUGUGCUUCAUUUGCAAUAUCAGUGAGGUACAGUACAGAGGUACAAUUUAAAUUCUACUAUGCAAAGAAAAAAAAAUCAUGUGCAAGUCCAGCCGAUUGUAAAAAGAAAUCCUGAACAUAACCUGCUCCUGUUCUGGUUAAAUUACCACAAUGUUUUAGUCAGGCAGAAAGAGAGCCACUUUCAUGACAAACAACUUAAAACAAGACUUUCUUGCUAACCUAGUAAUCUAGCUUAAUGAUACACCCUCUUGGUUUCUUCUUCCAAGCACAGGAAUGACCAGUGUUGAAUAUCCGAAAGAAUGCAAGUUUAAGAUAUUAAACUAGUUCUCUUUUCAGACCCAGAAGUUACAUGCAUUUUUUCCCAUCCACACAAAAACAUCUGUGUGUUGGUAUGCAUUUUGCUCAAACCACCAUUAUAUACAGCCUUUUGCCCGACUGUGGGCCUUUGUCAAUAAAGUUUAUUUAUAAAACAAAAAAGGAAAAUCAGACUUGGGUGUGUCAUUGUGGAUUCUGAGUCAUAUGGAUCAUGUCUAGUUAUGAAACAAAAAAUGUUCUUGUCUGAUGGCCUUGAAAAUGGGUCACUGUUUGUAUAAAAUCCACUGAGAACACAGUUCAGUACUGUUUUAUACACGCUGCAGAAUAUAUUCUUUACCUGUCAAGUCCUGUGUAUCCUUUUCCCCCCUGCUGCUUC